AGAAUUCUCUAAAUGCUAAGGAAAGGUGCUUCAAUGCUCUCUUUCUUAUCUGCUUUAGCAUAGGGUACACUGGAACAUCCUUUACGAAAGUAAAGGAGAUAAUGCUGUCCCACAGUUCCUUGCGGCAGCAACAUUUAAAGUAACGCACCAUUUGGCCGUUCACGAAAACAAUCAUCAUGACCGACAAGGGACGUAGAUCAUCACUCACAGCUGCCGAAACCCUUGCCUUAAUAAAGGCAAAGGUUAAACUGGAUCAUCUCUUCAGCGGGAAGAGAAAUGCAGCCAGAUCAGGCUGGGAGCAGGUGGUGAAGGAUAUGGGGCUGGAGGGGCAGGUGACUGCCAGGCAGGCCUCCAAACAGUGGGACAACUUAAAAACCAAAUACAAGGAGUUGAAGAAUCCCCCCACCAGCACAGGCACGGACAGUGAUGAGGCAACAGCAGCUACUUGGCCGUGGUUUGAUGCCAUGCAUGAGGCAUUUGGGGAAAGGCUGUCCAUUCAGCCUCCCACCCUCAUUCCCUCAUGCUCGGUGCCAAACCAUGGCCAGACUGCUGCUGAAACCUUAUCCUCUGGAUGUGAAGAGCCUUCACAAAUGUCCCUCCUGCCUGGCACAGAUAGUGAGGAGGAGUCCAUGCCCUCCACCUGCUCCGAGCCACCCACUAAAAGACCAAAGAGGGGUGGAGCCAUGUUGGCCUUCCUCAAAAAGCAGGCCGAAAAGAAGGAAGCAAGGGAUGCUGCUCUAUACAACCAAAAUGAACAAUUCCUUGCCCUUUUUGCUGAACUUGUUAAAAAAAUAAAAGAAACUUAUAUGGAGUCCUGUUGUGUUAAUUGA